GGGCCACAUCUAUCAAUGUAAGAUAUCAAAUUCAUGUUGUCAUUGAGAUCACGUUGUGGCGUGUCGUAAUUGAUCUAACAAAUCUCACGCCGAUAUCAUAUAUUAUACGAAAGUCAAAAAUCAAUCGUAUGCCAUUUUCAAAGAAAAGAUAUAAAAUAAAAAAUAUUCCGAUGGUAACCUUUCGAGUUUGCCGACUCAAAAUGAACAUCUAUAAAUAGAAGCUACCCUAUUAACACUUUCCAUAACAAAAUCACAAUGGCUUCGUCUGUUCUUCAUUUUCUUCUCCUCCUCUUCUUUGUCGUUCUUCCGACAACAUUUGCCCAGCAAUCUUUCCGACCAAAAGCCCUUGUCUUGCCGGUGACAAAAGACGCUUCUACCCUCCAAUACCUCGCCACCAUCAACCAACGCACACCUCUCGUCCCGGUGAAGCUCGUCGUCGACCUCGGCGGUCAGUUCCAGUGGGUCGACUGCGACAAGGGCUACAUCUCCUCCACGUACCGCCCGGCUCGUUGCCGCUCCGCGGUCUGCUCACUCGCCCGCUCCACCUCCUGCGGCGAUUGCUUCUCCGCGCCAAGACCAGGCUGCAAUAACAACACCUGCGGCGUCUUCCCCGACAACACCGUCACUCGCACCGCCACUUCCGGCGAACUCGCCCAGGACGUCGUCUCCAUCGAGUCGACCGACGGGUCGAACCCGGGUCGGGUCGUGACAGUGCCCAGGUUCGUUCUCGCUUGUGGGUCUACGUUUUUGCUUGAUGGGCUUGCUAAUGGAGCCAUGGGCAUGGCCGGGUUGGGCCGUACCAACAUCGCCCUGCCGUCGCAGUUCGCCGCCGCCUUCAGUUUCCGGCGGAAGUUCGCCGUGUGCCUGUCGUCGGGGAGAGGCGUCGUCUUCUUCGGAGACGGUCCGUACGUCUUCCUCCCCGGGAUCGAGAUUUCUGGGCUGACUUACACGCCGUUGCUCAUCAACCCCGUCAGCACGGCGUCUGCGUUUUCGCAGGGCGAGAAAUCUGCUGAGUAUUUCAUCGGCGUUACCGGAAUCUUAGUCAACAACAAGCCGGUGCCUUUGAAUCAGACCCUUUUGAAGAUCAAUCGCGAAGGAUUCGGUGGGACCAAGAUAAGCACCGUGAAUCCGUACACCGUAUUGGAGACGUCGAUCUACAACGCGGUCGUGUCGGCGUUCGUCAGAGAAACGGCAGCGAAGAGGGUCGCGGCGGUGGCUCCGUUCGGAGCGUGUUUCAGCACGGAGGGCGUGGGGAGCACGCGUCUGGGACCGGCGGUGCCGGAGAUAGACCUGGUUCUGCAAAGCAACGACGUCGUGUGGAGAAUCUUCGGGGCGAACUCGAUGGUGAGCGUAAGAGAUGACGUCAUCUGUCUGGGUUUCGUCGACGGCGGAGUGAACCCGAGGACUUCCAUAGUCAUCGGAGGGUAUCAAUUGGAGGACAAUGUGGUUCAGUUCGAUUUGGCGGCGUCGAGAUUAGGGUUCAGCUCCACGCUGCUGGGAAGGCGUACGAAUUGUGCCAACUUCAACUUCACCUCCACCGCUUGAUUAUGUCCAAGAAAUCUUAUUUCGUGUCGUUAAUAAGGCCAAGGGGUCAGGCCUUGGUGAUCACGAUGUGAUUUGAAUAAGACAUGAGUGAAUAUAAUGCAUACAGGUGUGUUUGGUUGCCAA